AUUACAGGCCAAGUCCUCUGUUUUAUUUUUCUUCAUAAAAAACUUGCCAAACACGAAGCACACUGAAUUGUUCUUCUUCCUUCCCUCACAGCCACAGCUCUCGCGGACGAUCUCUCUCAUUCAUCCUGAAUCCAAAAUCUGGGAUAGAGCUUCCUUCACUGCUGAUGGGUUUCACAUCUGUUUAUCGAUCUCUCACGGAGAUAUUUCCUCAGAUUGAUGCACGAAUGUUGAGAGCUGUUGCAAUUGAACAUCCCAAGGAUGCUGAUGAGGCUGCUGCUGUGGUUCUCUCUGAGAUCCUUCCUUCCUUGCCCCCUCUUUCUACUCACUCUCGGAACAAGGCCUCUCCAAGUGUUUCAGCGCGUCAAGUAGAACGUGGUUUGCUUGCCUCCUCUUCUUCUUCAGAAACUAUCCCCUUGGUUAUUGGUCCUGGCCACGGUACCAGUGCUCCAAGUACUAGAUUGGUCUCUGGUAGGAUCUCGCCACUGAUUGUUGGUCCUGGUGUUUUCCGCAAACAUGUCGAAAGUGAGGAGCAAGUCCAAUCUUUAGGAAAGGCUCCUGGAAAAGAGCACGGAGGAGACUAUGAUUUCUUUGUCAAGUCUUUUGAUGUUCCCAUCCUCCCAGAGGAUGAUGAUCUUAACUCAGUGGUCCACGCUGUCCCACAAGAAAACCUCAAGUCUACUAGAGAUUUUUGGCAAGAGCUUGGUGGUUCUCAUAUGACAUGGAAUCAAACAGAUUCAAUCACAAGCGUUGGUUCACUGAAUGCUGCACAGAAGGGAUCAUGUUUUGAAGUUGGGACUGGGAGUAAAAAUGACCAGCCGUCAAAGGGUUCACUGGCCAGUGAAAACGGUGAUACUGAAUCAAAGCGUUCACUGGCUAGUGUAAAUGGUGAUACUGAAUCAAAGCGUUCAUUGGCCUGUGUAAAUGGAGAUACUGAAUUAGGUAGUGCUUUCAGCUCAUCAACUCAUGGCUGCAGUGUUGAUCACCUUGAAGAGAUUUUCCAAGACGCCAAAACUAACAAGAGAACCUUGCUCGCUGUGAUGGACUUGGUUAUGAAUCUGAUGAAAGAAGUUGAACUUGAAGAGAAGGAUGCAGAUAAGUCAGAGUUAGAAGCUGCUAGGGGAGGUUUGGACACUCUUGAAAAGGUUGAGGAGUUCAGGAAGAUGCUGAAACAUGCCAAGGAAGCCAAUGACAUGCAUGCUGGAGAAGUAUAUGGAGAGAAGUCAAUUUUAGCAACUGAAGCAAAAGAGCUUGAAAACCGAUUGCUCAAGUUAUCAGAAGAACGAAGCAAAUCUCUUGAUGUACUUGAUGAGAUGCGUGAAACUCUUGAGAUAAGACUAGCGGCAACAUUGGAGAUGAAAAAGGCUGCUGAGCAAGAAAAGAAAGCAAAAGAAGACUCUGCGCUUAAGGCACUUGCUGAACAAGAGGCCAUCAUGGAGAAAGUAGCCCAAGAAUCAAAGCUUCUUCAGCAAGAGGCAGAGCAAAACUCUAAGCUUCGAGAGUUUCUUAUGGAUCGUGGUGAGGUCGUUGAUUCCUUACAAGGAGAAAUAUCUGUCAUAUGUCAAGAUGUGAAGCUGUUGAAAGAAAAAUUUGACAAGAGUGUGUCAACAACAACAAAAUCAGUUACCUCAAGCCUGACUAGUUCACGUGGAUCAUCAUCUAUGAGGAGCUUGGUGCUUGAGAAUCCUGCUGAGCUGUUGAAUGGAAUUUUUGAAACCUCAAGCAAGAACAAGAGCCCAGAAGAAGAAGAAGAAGAAGAAGCAUCUUACUACAUGAAGAAAGAGAAAAAUGAUCGUAGAGAGCUUCUUGAAGAUGGUUGGGACAUCUUUGAGAAGGAUAUUGAACUUUAAGGUGGGGUUGGUGGCUUGGUGAUGAAGGAAAGGGCUGGUAUUGAAAUAGAAAACGCUAUAACCUAGAGAAUAAAAUGGAUUUGUGACCAUGUUUGGAUCAGGGAUUGUAUGAGCUUUUGAUUCUCUUGUGUGUUUGAAACCUAAACCAGAUCACUUAUGAGCUUUAAUAGUACUACAGUAUAGCUUUGUGCAAGAUUUUUAUCAAA